AUGUCCUCUUUCGGUCAGCACGGAGCGCAGGAGUUCCGCGCCACCGUGGAAGAUGAUGGGUUGGAAGACUACAGCAUGGUCGACUACCCCGAAGCCGACUACUAUCUGCUCCUAGGUCUAUCGCGCAACCCACCUCCGACCGACGCGGAAAUCCGAUCAGCCUACCGCAGCCUGUCCCUGAGCUUUCAUCCAGAUAAACAACCGUCGCAUCUGCGCCAUGCAGCCGAGAGUCAAUUCAGACACAUCCAAGACGCAUAUGAUACCCUCAUCGAUCCCAAGAAGCGCGUUGUGUACGAUAUAUCCGGCGCUGAAGGUGUGCGGCAGGAAUGGGGUCAACUUGGAGCUAUGGGAAUUGGAGGAGAGGCCCAGAAGCAAGACGUGGGUGUGAAGACGAUGUCGCCAGAUGAAUUCCGACGCUGGUUUCUCAAGACAAUGAAGAAACGAGAGCGACAGGCGAUUGAAAGUCUGGUUUCCAGUAGGGGCGGUAUUACCUUGGGAGUCAAUGCGGCAUCAAUGGUCUCGGUGGAUGAGGAUGAGGAUGUACAGUUCCAUGUUCCUUCGCCGCGAGUGACAACAUAUGGGGUGACAUAUAAUUUCGAUACACCGGUGGCAUUACCCCAGCUUUGGGGAGCAGCAGAGAGGGAUCCGGAUUCACAGGACACAGCGACGGAAUAUAGUGAAGACGGACAGGAGGACGGAUCUCAGGCUGUUCAUAUGACGUUAAGCACAGGUAUAACUGGUGGCUUGGCCCACCCAGUUCAGAAAGCCACAGUCGAAUACGAGGAUGGAACAGAGGGAGAGGAAAGUAUCAAAAUGCCGCCAAUUUUGGCAGCUCAGAACUUCCGACUCGGUGCCUCUUUGAGUCCCAAUGUUCGAAAUUUGGUGGGCACAAAGGGAAUCUGGGCCAAGCAUCCGUUCACACUGCUCAGGGACUCCGCGGUUACAUUUGAAGGUCUCCUUCUGCCUGCACCCUCUUUGAGAACAACCAUCACCCGGAAUUUCGUACCAGUCAGUGGCGUUGCGCCAUUUAAUGUCAGCGUGACCAGCAUACACUCGAGAUCCCUGGAUGAAACGCCACCCUCCUUUGAGGUCCAAGUCUCGAGAGAGCUGUUCAAGAAAAAGAUCGGAGUCAUCUCAUGGUCAAGCGGUGUUGUUAAUUGGCCUGAGUUUCUCCACGGCUGGUUCCCGUCUCUUGGCAUGGGUAUUCAGAGUGCCUUUGCAUCUGCCAACGAGGUCGGCCACCUGCAGAUCGGCUUGAUUGCACCUGCCGCAUCACCUCAGGCUGCAAUGGAAGUCGACGAGGAUGAGGCUGAGACUAGUGGAGACUUCGAGGAUGAUCACCAGCACCCGACCAAAAAACAUCAAGUUGAUCAAUCGGCAGAGGCGUGGGAAAGCCAUCUGCAGGUCUCUCCCGGGGGAGGUGCCCUUGUAUUGAAAUAUUCACGGAAUCUUUUCUCUGGGAAACCCGCUGAUGAUCCAGUCAAGACCGAAUGGAGCUCCGAAGGAUACUUCCCCAUGCCGACAAUGGACGAGGCACGUGCUGUCCGGCUCGAGCUUUCCGCAAUCGCAAGCUUGGAUAUGUCCCUGAGCUGGACCAUUAAAGGUAUUCGUCGGGUUGGCGAGUAUACGCGUCUAGGUCUUGGCGUUGGCAUCGCAGACAAGGGGAUGAUGCUCACCGUAACGUGGCGCCGUCUCGGACAGAACAUCGACAUCCCGAUUCUUAUUUGUCCAGCUAACGAGGCAACAAGCGGUGCCACGGCACUAACAGCUGUAUUCCCCUGGUUAGCCUAUUGUGCCAUUGAGUUUGGCUAUAUCCGCCCUCGCGAUAGAAAGAAGCGUCGACAGGAAGCGGCUCGGCGUCACCGCGAGUUAAAGAAGCUUCUCCCCCAGAAGCGCGAGGAAAGUCUCCAAGCCAUCGAGCUUAUGACAGAGCAAGUACAAAGACGACAAGGUCGCGAAGAAGCACACGAUGGUCUUAUCAUCUUGAAGGCUGAGUAUGGCUACAUACCGCCCGCAAACAAGAAACCCAAGGAUGGAUUCACAGAGCCUCGGGUGACCGACGUCACCAUCCCCGUGGCUGCCCUGGUCAGUCGAGGUCAGUUGGUGAUCUCAAAGAAAUCUAUCAAGUUCCACAUUUUGGGAUUCCAUGACCCUGCACCAUUGCUACCCAAGCGAUUGAAGAUCUGGUAUAGAUUCCAGGGCCGUGAUCAUUAUGUAGAGGCAGGUGAUAAGGAGAAAGUCUCCUGUCCAUUGCGCGCACACCUUGUCUCAAACCCAACAGCAUAA